AUGGUACAGUAUCUGCCCAUGAUUUUCCAAACCCAGUGACGCAUCCAUAUUCCAAUGCUAUGGCAAGAUUAACAAGUUUGUUCAGCUCACGUGACUACUGUCUAAUGCAACGUCAGAAGCUACGAUCAAUUACUCAAAACGCAGAUGAAACGGAUUUGAAAUUUGUCAAACGGGUGAUUGCGGCUGCUAAGCUAUGUAACUUCGGGGAAGAACAAUUACUGGAAAAUGUAGUAUUUAUAAUACAAUCGUCUGCGGUAAACAUUAAAGUUCGGGAAGCGAGCCGUAAGGUGCUCAGAAAAGGAGGUAACUUAACAUCACUUCUUGAUAAGAUACAAGCAUGUGAAAUGGAGAAGUUAAACGAAGAAAUGUACAGGAAAAACCACAGGAAAACAAACAACGCAGAAGUAGCGGCAGUAUCGUAUUCUCAUAAAACUGAAACCGGCUCUCAAGUGAAAGGAUAUGGAAGUAGCUAUCACAGUCGACCGUUUAUUCGGAAAUGGGAUUUGUCGCAACAAAAAGGGCAACAUUUCCGUCAAAGUGUUAAAUACGAAAACCGAAAUCCUUGCACAAGAUGUACAAGUACUCGUCAUUUGACUUCAGAAUGUCAUGCCAUUGACAAAAUUUGCAGAAAAUGCCAUCGCAAAGGUCAUUUGGAGCGUGCAUGUGGCAUUAUACCAGCAUCGACACACAACACAAUGAAAAGGAAAAAUGAUGACCAACAGCAGGGGCCUCCACCCAAAGUUCGUCAAAUUGCAGCGGUCUCCCAAACAGACUUGCAUGUCGAUGAACCAGUUGAAGCAAAUCAUGCAAUCAAUAUUUCCAAAAAAGAUUGUAAUUGUGUCAUUGUUGGUUAUAUCGCCAAUUGUGCUAUAUCAUUUUUGAUCGAUUCGGGGGCAGAAGUUAAUACAAUUGAUUCAAAUACGUUCAAUCUCUUAAAAAAUGCAACGUGUCAUCCAGAUCUCUUUACUGUAUAA